AUAUAUAUACAUACAAGAUACAUGCAGAGUCAAGCAAGCACUAAUUAAUUAAGUUGUGAUCAUCUGCAAGUACUGCAUAAGAUAUUAUCAUUCAUAUUUGCAAUUAAUUGUAAGCAGAAAUCUAGCUACUAGUUGAUAUAUCAUAUGAUUGCCAGAAUUAAUGUGGAGGCUAAGCGGAGUUGAAGCGCAGAGGAUCUUCAAGGAGCUGGACCAGAACGACGAUGGUCUGGUCAGUGUGGACGAGCUGGCUUGGCUUGCACAAGGACUGGGACUGGGCGUGGAUGUCAAAAGAGGCGAUUUGGAGCUCCUCGUAGGCGGAAAAGCCCUCGACUAUGCAGACUUCGUCUUCUUCUGCCAGACUCUGAUGAUGAAUAAUAAUCCUAUCCCUGUGGAAGAAGAAGAAGAAGAAGAAGAAGAAGAGAGAGAUCUUGGAAGAGCAUUUAGGGUUUUCGAUUUGGACGGCGAUGGAUUCAUCUCGUCGGAGGAGCUCCGAAUUGCGCUGUCCAGAUUAGGACUGUGGGACCACCAACACCAUGACUGCAGCCGCAUGAUCGCUGCCUAUGACGCUAAUUCCGAUGGGCUGCUUGAUUUCCACGACUUCAAACACAUGAUGAUGCUUCAUCAAUCUCAAUCUCAUCUCAAUCUCACAGAUAAUUAAUGAAUUAACAACCCUUUCACUUCA